AUGCACUUGCUCAAAGUCCUUGGGCUCGCCGACCUUCUUGCUGGCACGGAAGCAGCCCUCACAUACCGCGGAGUCGACUGGUCCUCUGUGGCCGUCGAGGAAAGGGCCGGCAUCCAGUACAAAACAACAAGUGGCCAAGUGCAGCCCCUUGAGAGGAUCCUCGCGUCCAGCGGAGUCAACAUUGUUCGCCAGCGAGUAUGGGUCAACCCGAGCAACGGCGACUACAACCUGAACUACAACCUGAAUCUCGCGCGACGCGCCAAAGCUGCUGGCCUGGGCGUCUACCUCGACCUGCACUUCAGCGACACAUGGGCCGACCCAGCGCAUCAGAGCAUUCCCAGCGGCUGGCCAUCCGACAUUGACAAUCUCUCGUGGCGGCUAUACAACUACACGCUCGAUGUGUCCAACCAGUUCGCAUCGGCGGGCAUCGCGCCGUCCAUCAUCUCGAUCGGCAACGAGAUCCGCGCCGGGCUGCUGUGGAACACGGGCAGGGAGGGCAACUACUACAACAUUGCGCGCCUGCUGCACUCGGCUGCCUUUGGCAUCAAGGACUCACGGCUCAGCCCGAAGCCCAAGAUCAUGAUCCACCUCGACAACGGCUGGAACUGGUCCCAGCAGAGCUACUUCUACCAGCAGACUCUCGCGGCGGGCCCGCUCCUGCUGUCGGACUUUGACAUGAUGGGCGUCUCGUACUAUCCGUUCUACAACCCGUUGGCCACGCUGGCAUCCCUCAGGAGCACGCUGGCAAACAUGGCCAACACGUGGAACAAGGAGAUUGUGGUUGCCGAGAUUGACUGGCCGACGUCCUGCCCGAGCCCUGCGUACGCGUUCCCCAGCGACCUGAGGAGCAUACCCUUCUCGGCGGCAGGGCAGACGCAGUUUGUGCAGCAGGUCGCGCAGGUUGUCGCGGGCACGAGGAACGGAAAGGGGCUGUUCUACUGGGAGCCGUCGUGGGUGGACAACCAGGCACUGGGGUCGUCGUGCUCGUCAAACACCAUGUUUGCGUGGCCGGGGACGGCGCUGUCGAGUCUCUCUGUGUUUUCCACAAUCUGA